AUGUCGGACCCAUCCACUUCCGCCGUCGGCGCCCAUCAGCAGCAGGUCUCCUCCGGCCCUGUGCGUCCUGACAUGGUAGCGAGCGCCAUCACCUUCCUCUCGGACCCCAAGGUCCAGUCCUCUUCGAUGUCGCAACGAGUGAGCUUCCUGGAAUCCAAGGGUUUGCGACCGCACGAGAUCGACGAGGCGAUCCGACAAGCCAAUUCAUCCCAAGCCGGCAAUUCCGGCUAUGCCUCCUAUGCAGCUGGCCCUCCUGCACCGUACUACGGCGGUGGGAUGCCGUACGGUCCCCAUCCAGCGCAGCAGCAGGGGCGCGAUUGGAGGGACUGGUUCAUCAUGGCCGUCGUCUCGGGCACCAUUGGCUACGGUGUCAUCUCGCUUGCUAAGAAGUAUCUCAUGCCCCACCUCCAACCGCCGAAUGCCAACGUGCUCGAGUCGGACCUCGACAGCCUUACCGCGAAAUACGACGAGGUGGCCGCCCAACUGCAGGCGCUCGACGCCCAGACGCUCGCCGUCAAGCAGGGACUGGACGAGCAAAAGGCCGACGUGGAGAAGUCGAUCAAGGAGGUCGAGGAGUGCGUCAAGGGUGUGCGCGAGAACGAGAAGAGGCGCGACGGCGAGAUGGACCGCAUCAAAGACGAUGUAGAGGGCAUCAGGAAGGAGCUGGGUAGCUUGUUCGAGAAGAGCAAGCAGGCGCAGACGAAUUCGUUGAGCGAGCUGCAGAGCGAGCUGAAGAGUCUCAAGUCGUUGUUGGUCUCGAGAGGGACGGUUGGAGGUCAGGGUGCGGGUGGAGGUGCCGUUCCUCCCAGGCCGUACGCGUAUGGAGCGGGCGCAUAUGGAUCGCCCACCAUCGGCACGCCGACGGGCGAGUCCAGCCCCCCGCAUGUGCCCAAGCCCAGCAUCCCCGCUUGGCAGCUCGCGGGCGCUGGGUCGACCACCAACGGUACCGCUUCGACGGCGACAAAGGAGGCAGAUUCGAGCAAGCCCGCAGAGCCGACUAUGGCCGACCCGGCAGAGGAGAUGUCGAAGAGCGAAGGAAAGGGCAAGGAGUCGUCCGACUGA